AUGGCGUGCGUGGAAACUGGCAGCACCCGACAAGCAGGGCCCGUCAAAAGGCAAGACUUAGUCUACAGCACCAACGAUGAUACCCUGCCUACUCAAAGAACCCCCGUAAUAUCUUUGCCGCACCACGUAGACAAUGAGCAUUCAUGCUUGUUUGGUGCAUUUAAUGUUGGUCCUGCCCUAGAAGGCUGUCUACAUGAGCAUGCGGGAACAACGGCCUGCAGGGGAAUUGAUGCUAUGAAACGGAAUGCUUUUAUCCGGACUAAAGCUGGCGUCAACGGAGCAGAACGGCUGCUCUUCUUUAGAUACAAACCGCAGUCUAACAGCCAUUGCCUUGGUGCUUUAGCUGCUCUCUAUCAAAACGUUGAUGAAGAAAAGGGGCGCAACGCGACACUCAAGGAAACAGAGGAAUGGAGCAAAUGCGAGAUGGAGAAGGUCGCUUUACAAUCGUUAUACCGCGAGCAGGAAGCUCAGACAGACCCCUACUCCCCUGAAUUUAAUUGUAGUAGUGAGGAGAAGCCUUGCGAGCUCGCCAUUUCGCAGCUCAGCUGGUUAAGGGGCCUUCCAGCCACAGCUAAGGAAAUCCGAACCAUCAAAGAAUUGCAUAUGCAGCUCCAACUGGAUCAAGUGCUACCACCUCCCACCGACGAAUUCUGCCUCGCCAUUCGCACUACUUUGAUGAAUCAGCAGGAGUGCUUCAAGUGGGCACAGAGGGAAAGAGAUAUAAGCGAGAUGCAGGCGCUAAAACGCAUGGCUGAGAAACUCCAAAGAGAAGUGGCAACUGAAUUACUCAGUGCGGCGCCACAGCAGCUACAGAUUGACCUUGCAGUCGCUCACCCAGCGUCCUCAGCCUCAGAAGGGGGGUCAGUUGCUACACGGAGGCUGGUACCAGUAGAAGAGGAAAAAGACGACAUGGCGGUACUGUUGCUGCAGCAGCUGCUGCGCGGAGCUACUCGGUCCCAUUUGAUGAUGAAGGGCAAAGAAAAGAGCCUUGACCUUGUAACAAUGCUGCGUGCAGCUGAGCAGCUGCGUGAUGUCCAUCCAUCCCGACAACAAAGCGCCCUGGAUCAACAGAUCGCCUAUGAGGCGACAGAGGCCCUUAUGGCCUCCGCACAAGGCGCUGCUAUCGCAGAAGUUUUAGACGAACUAGCCAAAGAACAGAGGCGCAUGGAAGAGGUGCAGCGAGUUUCCGAGCUGGUUAGUUUGGCUGUGAGGGAAAGAAGACUGCGCGAGGCGCAAGAAUCUGGCACGAGACAAGCGGAGGAAAUGCUUCGUGAAAGGCAAAACAUAGUAUUUCGCAAAGCAAUUUCGAUACACAACCAGACUGUAGACUCCUAUCUACAGGCAAUUUUUGAGAAAGCCGGAGCGGCAAACGCACUGGAGGAAGCACUGGUGGAGGUAUGUACAAAUUCUGCUUAUCUCGCCGAAACAGUUGAUGAACUUCAAGAAUACACUGAGAAGGCUGAUGCUAUUGUUGAGGGUCUUGUGAGGGGAUUUCUUAUGCCACGGCUUGCAAACCAGUGCCGACUUAGGGAAGUGCAGCUUGAAGCUCACAAGCACCGGGUGGCAUCUCGCGCUGCAGUAGAAGAGAUUGCUACGAGGGCCUUGUGCUGCCUACCGAAUCAACUUCACAAUGUACCAGUUGGUGGCUCCACUGAGCUGCAGCCGUCCGGCGACUCCCACUAUAACCAGGACAACUCCUGA